AUGGCGGACGCCGCAGUUGAGCAGAAGCAGCGCAAGUCAGUCGCAUUCGACGAAGGAUCCGUCAUCAUGGAUACCAACGGCCAAAUUCAAGACGCCCCGGCUGCUGAGAAGCCUGCUGGUAUGCAUCCGAUCUCUAAGAACCCUCGGGUCGAUUCCCGCACAUUGGACUCCGGACCCGCUAACACAUCAUACCCACAUACAGAGAACGAUGUCGACGAAGUCACCGAGAUGUUCAAGGGCCUCUCCAAAAAGAAGAAGACCAAGAAGAGCAAGGAUACCGAGGCCGGCGAAGGCGAAGAGACCCCCGCCGCCGACGGCGAGUUCGACCCCUCCGCGUUGAAGAAAAAGAAGAAGAAGCCCAAGAAGGAGACCACCGAUUCCGAGGCCAAGACCGAGGCCGGCGCCGCCACAGAGGAGGGUGAUGAGAAGGCUGAGGAGCCCGUGCCUGAAGGCGACCCCGAGGCCGGCACCGGUAUCUGGCAACACGACAACACGCAAGCCGUCCCCUACUCUCUCCUCGUCUCGCGCUUCUUCUCCCUCAUCCAGAGCCACCACCCCGACCUGCUCUCCAGCGGCACCAAGUCGUACAAGAUCCCCCCGCCCCAGUGUCUGCGUGAGGGCAACCGUCGUACGAUUUUCGCCAACAUCGCCGACAUCUGCAAGCGCAUCAAGCGUUCCGACGAGCACGUCACCCAGUUCUUGUUCGCUGAGUUGGGUACCAGCGGUUCCGUCGACGGCAGCCGUCGUCUCGUUAUCAAGGGUCGUUUCCAACAGAAGGGUAUCGAGUCCGUCCUGCGUCGGUAUAUCGUCGAAUACGUUACCUGCAAGACCUGCCGCAGCCCCGACACCGAGCUCAACAAGGGAGAGAACCGUCUGUACUUCGUCACCUGCAACUCCUGCGGAUCUCGUCGUUCGGUCGCCGCCAUCAAGACUGGUUUCCGUGGACAGGUCGGCCGCAGAAAGCGCACUGGUUAA